AUGUACAUUUUCUUAAUUACUCUGUGCAGUGGUUAUAUGUCCCCUGAAUAUGCCAUGAACGGUAUUUUUUCAGUGAAGUCUGAUGUCUACAGUUUUGGAGUCCUACUGUUAGAGAUUGUGAGUGGCAAGAAGAAUACCAGUUUUUCUCAUUUGCCUGGCCCUUUAAGCCUUAUAGAACACGUAUGGGAUUUGUGGAAGAAAGGUAUCAGUGUUGAGCUAAUGGAUCCGUCGUUGAACUUCUCUUGUCCUGAAACUCAAAUGCUAAGAUAUAUUCAUGUUGGUCUACUAUGUGUACAAGAAUGUGCCGUGGACAGACCCACCAUGUCAGAUCUUAUUGCUAUGCUUACAAAUGAAACUAUGUGUUUACCUGAUCCAAAACAACCAGCAUUUUAUACUGGAAGAAGAACUCGAAAUGCACCAACUUUACCUGUACAGAAUAAGUCAGAAGAUUGUUCGGUAAAUCGUGUUUCUACGUCUGUGUUGGAGGCGAGAUAGAGGCGUAAGUGGUCAUUUAUAUAAGCAAUUAAGACAUUUUUCUAAUGCUAUGUUUGGUUGUCAAAAAAAUUAAAGGAAGAAA